UGUGCUGUUGGAAGGAUGCUGAUCUGAGCGUCUGCCCUCGGAACAAUACAGUGACAUGCAGCGUGCCAGCAAUAUGGAGCGUAUCGCUUUUAAUUCCCGUUGUAUAGCUAAUAUGCGUUUUUUGUGCUAGACGAGACAAAAGAACAAUGUGGAUACCGACCGAACACGAAAAAUAUGGCGUGGUGCUGGCAAACUUUCGUGGAACGGUUCAGCAUGGGCUGCCCCUGGAGAUUGGAGACACGGUGCAGAUUUUGGAGAAAUGUGAAGGAUGGUACAGAGGAUUCGUUGUAAGGAAUCCAAAUGUCAAGGGAAUAUUCCCAAGCAGUUACAUUCAUCUGAAACAUGCCCACAUUAAGAACAAGGGGCAGUUUGAGACAGUCAUCCCGACAGAGGAGUCGGUCAUCACGGAGAUGACGGUGACUUUGAGAGACUGGGGAACCAUGUGGAAACAGCUCUAUGUGAAGAACGAGGCUGAGCUCUUCCACAGACUUUGGCAUGUAAUGACAGAGAUCCUGGAGCUGAGACAGCAGGUCCUGCUCGGUCACCUGACCCAUGAGCGCAUGACUGACAUCAAACAGCACAUUGUAGCGAGGCUCGACUGGGGCAACGAGCAGCUGGGAUUGGAUCUGGUCCCCAGGCGGGACUUCAGUAUGGUAGACCCAGAUGAGAUCAGCGUCACCGAGCUCUAUCGCCUGAUGGAGAGGCGGCACCGUAAGCGAGAGCUUCCGCCUCAGGCCAACAUGCAUCACCUGUUCCUGCAGACCAACAGCUUGCUGAACUGCAGCCUGGCCGAAGAGCUCGAGGUCUUCUUCUUCAUCUACGACAGCAGGGAGAUGCGACCGAUCAGCGAAAGGUUUUUGGUGCGCCUCAAUAAGCAGGGGGUUCCUAAGUCACCGGAGAAAACAGAAAGGCAGUGCACGCUCUUUGUCGAUUUGGGAAGUAGCGAUCUCCGCAAAGAUGUAUAUGUUGUAGCUCAUAUUUUUAGAAUAGGGCGAAUGGUUGCUGGCGAGAAGAAGUCUGUGAGUAACACGCAGUAUAGACGGCCGUUUGGUUGCGCUGUGAUCAACGUGUGUGAUCUGCUGACAGCCGACUGCAAGGACGAGCACCUGCUCAAAGUUUACUCAUGCAACACUGAAAGCGAGUGGUAUCAAAUACAUGACAACAUUAUUCGGAAGGUCAGUUCCCGAUACAGCCAGGUCAGCUCCGGCACAGGACUCGCUGUUUCACUGCAGUUGCUGCACGGAGACCUGGAGCAGAUUCAGAAGGAAUACAUGCGUCUCUUCACACGCAACGUUUCCAUCACAAGGAGGCUUGGCUUCUCUGAGAUCAUCAUGCCAGGAGAAAUCAGGAACGACCUCUAUGUGACCCUGGAGAGAGGGGAGUUUGAGAAAGGGGGGAAGAGCGUGGCGAGGAACGUGGAAGUCACCGUGUAUCUGCUGGGAGCUGAUGGCCAGGUACUGAAGGGUCUGGUGUUUUCAGGUUCAGGUGAGCCCGGGAUGGAUGAGUUCCACUCAUUUGUCCUGUACCACAGUAACAGUCCUCGCUGGUCAGAGCAGAUCAAGCUGUGUGUUCCUCCUGAGCUGUUCAGACUUGCUCACCUGCGCUUCGAGUUCAGACACUGCUCCACGAAGGAGAAGGGAGAGAAAAAGCUGUUUGGUUUCUCAUUUGUGCCGCUCAUGCAAGAGGACGGGAGAACACUGCCUGAUGGCACUCAUGAACUCAUCGUCCACAAGUGUGAAGAGACUGCAAACCUGCAGGACUUGUCUCGCUACCUGAAACUGCCAUUCUCUAAAGCCAGUCUACAGCCUGGCACCAACCAGACCAUGAAGAGCAGCAAAGAGUCCUUCUGGAUGCUCUCGACGCUCUGCUCCACCAAACUCACGCAGAACGGUGACAUGUUGGAUUUGCUGAAGUGGAGAACCCAUCCGGAUCGGAUCAUGGACGGCUUGUCCAAACUGAAGGACAUGGAUGGCACAGAGAUAGUUAAGUUUUUGCAGGACACCUUGGACACAUUGUUUGCCGUGUUAGACGAGAGCCCGCAGAGAUACGGACUGAAAGUGUUUGACUGCCUGGUGCAUGUCAUCAAUUUGCUGCAGGACAGUAAAUUCCAGCACUUCAAACCCGUCAUGGACAACUACAUUGAGAAUCAUUUUGCAGGCGCUUUGUCAUACAGAGACCUGAUCCGAGUUUUGAAGUGGCAUGUGGACCGGAUCAUCGAUGCUGAGCACCACGAGCAGAUACAGCAGGUCCUGAAGGCUGCAGAGUACCUGUUUAAAUACAUCGUGCAGUCUCGCAGGCUCUAUGCGGCAGCGACUGUGGCACAGGGUGAAGACGAGUUCCGCUGCUCCAUCCAUGAACUCUUCAAAUCCAUCCAUCUGUUCCUUUCUCAUGAGAGUAAAGGAAUCAGCCCCGUCACACACACACAGGCUGUGUUCCUGAGGUCGUUUCCCACCGUGUGCUGUGAACUGCUGAAGGUGUUCGGUGUCCGUGAGGUGGCGAAUCUAGCGCGCGACACACUGAGCAGUCUGCCCACUCUAACACACACAGACUGCCCUCUGCAGGCCGUCAAGCUGCAGUGCAUGGCCAAGACUGUGGAGAGCCCACUUUACACCAACCCAGAGUCACGUUGUGUGCUCCUACCCGUGGUCCUCCAUCUCCUCCUCACUUACCUGAAGGAGCAGAAGGAGUUGGUUCUAUGUGCGAACAUCCUCACCAGCAUGCUGUCUCUUGUCCACAGAGACCCAAACACAGAGUGUGUGGCACCUGAAGAGGUUAAUGUAAUAAUGGACAGUCUGUCUGGAGUGUUAUUGAAGACGAUACUGGAGGUAACUAACCGUCCCCAGCCAGCCGCCACCUCGAUGCGUCUGCAAUAUCAGGAUGUGACCGGUGAGUUUGUGGCCUGUUUGCUGACUCUCCUCAGGCAGUUAAGUGAUAAGGACUACCAGAAGCUCCUGAGCCGAUUCCCUACAAAAGACGAGCUGGCGAAUUUUCUUCUGCAGCUGUUCACUGUCUUUAGAAUAUUGAUUAGGCCAGACAUGUUUCCUAAAGACUGGACAGUCAUGAGAUUGGUCACCAACAAUGUGAUCAUCACCUCGGUCCUGUAUCUUUCCGACACUCUCAGAAGCAACUUCCUUAAUGAGAAAUUUGACUUCAAGGUAUGGGAGUCCUAUUUUUACCUCUCUAUAAUAUUCGUCAUCCAGCCGUGUCUCCAGCUCGAGACGUUCCCUCCGUCCAAGAGGAAGAAAGUUCUGGAAAAGUACGGAGACAUGCGAGUGAUGAUCGGAUGUGAGAUCUUCAGCAUGUGGCAGAAUCUGGGAGAUUAUAAAGUGAAUCUGAUCCCUUCUCUGAUUGGUCCAUUCCUGGAGGUGACCCUGGUACCACAGCCUGACCUGAGAAACGUCCUCAUCCCUGUCUUCCAUGACAUGAUGGACAGCGAGGAACGCCGCAGUGGCAACUUCAAACAGGUGGAGGCAAAGCUGAUAGACAAGCUGGAGAGUCUGAUGUCAGAGGGUAAAGGAGAUGAGACCUACAAGGAGCUCUUUAACAACAUAAUCCCACUGUUUGGUCCGUAUCCGAGCCUGCUGAAAAAGAUCGAGAGAGAAACAUGGAGAGAGAGUGGUGUGUCUCAUAUAGCCACGGUUACACGGCUUAUGGAGAGAUUACUCGAUUACAGGGACUGUAUGAAGAUCGGAGAGGUUGAUGGGAAAAAGAUCGGCUGUACAGUCAACCUGCUGAACUUCUACAAGACGGAGCUGAAUAAAGAGGAGAUGUACAUCCGCUACAUUCACAAGCUCUAUGAGCUCCACCUUAAAGUCCAGAACUACACAGAGGCAGCCUACACUCUGCUGCUGUAUGAUGAGCUGUUGGAGUGGACAGAGAGGCCUCUGAGGGAGUUCCUCACCUACCCCAUGCAGAGCGAGUGGCAGAGGAAAGAGUGUUUACAUCUCACCAUCAUCCAUAACUUCGAUAGGGGGAAGUGCUGGGAGAACUGUAUCAUCCUUUGCCGAGAGCUGGCCAAUCAGUACGAGGCUUACUACGACUACAGGAACCUGAGCAAAAUGAGGAUGAUGGAGGCUUCUCUCUAUGAUAAGAUAAUGAAUCAACAGAGGCUUGAACCGGAGUUCUUUAGAAUUGGGUUCUACGGCAAGAAGUUCCCCUUCUUCUUACGGAAUAAGGAGUUUGUGUGUCGGGGGAACGAUUACGAGCGCUUGGAGGCGUUUCAGCAGAGGAUGCUGAGUGAGUUUCCUCACGCCAUCGCCAUGCAGCACGCCAACCAGCCUGACCAGACCAUACUGCAGGCUGAGGCGCAGUACCUGCAGAUCUACGCGGUCACUCCUGUCCCGGAGAAUCAGGACGUGCUGCAGAGAGACGGAGUGCCGAGUAACAUCAAGAGCUUCUACAAAGUCAACCAUAUCUGGAGGUUCCGCUAUGACAGACCCUUCCACAAGGGUACUAAAGAUAAAGAGAAUGAGUUCAAGAGUCUAUGGGUGGAGAGGACCACACUGAGUCUGGCACAGAGUCUCCCAGGCAUAUCUCGCUGGUUCGAGGUGGAGAAACGGGAGCUGGUGGAGAUGAGUCCUCUGGAGAACGCCAGCGAGGUGAUUGAGAAUAAAACCCUGCAGCUGCGCACGCUGAUCGCGCAGUGCCAGACGCGGCAGAUGCAGAACAUCAACCCGCUGACCAUGUGUCUGAACGGGGUGAUCGACGCUGCAGUAAAUGGAGGACUCACUCGUUAUCAGGAGGCAUUCUUUGCAAAAGAUUACAUUUCCAAUCACCUGGAGGAUGGAGAUAAGAUCACCCGUCUCCGAGAGCUCAUGUUUGAGCAGGCACAUAUUCUGGAGUACGGCUUGGCCGUACACGAGAAAUUCGUUCCACAGGAUAUGCGUCCGCUGCACAAAAAACUCAUCGACCAGUUCCAUGUGAUGCGAUCCAGUCUAGGCAUACAGCCACAGGAGUUUCCUGCGUACGUGCGCGUCAGUCCUCUGCAUUUUGCCAACGGCAGUCCUCGAACCUGCAGGACUCCCGUCCCUAACGCCAUCAGUCCAGACGGAGGACGAAUAGUGGCACGGCGCAGCCCCCUCAGUUACCCAGCUGUCAAUCGCUACUCGUCAUCCUCACUGUCAUCACAGGCCUCCAACGAUGUGAGCAACAUCACAGGCCAGUCGGAGAGCUCGGAUGAAGUUUUCAACAUGCAGCCAAGUCCGUCUACCUCAAGCCUCAGCUCGAACCACUCCGGCUCUCAUAACGUGAACAACUCAGUUCCCUCAAGCAAUAGAGAUUCUCUUCCAUCAGCGUCUCCACUGCCAUUGGACAAACACAAACAUUCGAAAGAGAACGCAUGUCUCUCACCCAGAGACCGACUAUGCAGUGGGGUUUUCUCCAACCCUCUGGAUCCCACACAGAGGAUGAUGCCAUUCCAGAUAGACGCAAGUCUACCACGUUGUGAGGCCAGUUUCCCAACAGCAGAAACUGCAGCUCAAGGCAAGAACAUAAGGUCUCUGUCUCCUAUGCCAACCUCAAAGUCUCCUCAAAAGACCUCAGCUCCUCCCCUCACCCCAUCUCCUACUGACGGUUUGCCCACGGGCAGCUUAGCGUCCCACUCACCCGCUCGCUCGGGCAGCUACAGCAGUGGCAUCUCCUCUCUCAGCCGCUGCAGUGUGUCUGAGACGUGUGGCAUCGAUGCAGCACCUGAGCCGUCCAUGCCUGCCGUCCUGCCUGCCGAUAAUGCCAUCCGGCGCGGCAGCAAGACACCGCCGCCCUACAGCGUGUAUGAGAGGAACAACCCGCGCCGUGCCACCCCGCUGCCCCACAGCCUGUCGGUGCCACCUGCCACAGACAGCACCAACCUGCCCGCCAAACCACAACUAAGCCGCAUGCAGAGAAUCAACUCGGAGCCGCGGCACAGGAUCACGCCACGGAAAGUCUCGCAGCUGUAGAAUUGCAGAUUUAUCCAUAGCACAGGAGUAGUACCUGGAACUGUCAGUGCAGCUCAUCCAGGUUAUUGUGAAUGUUUAGUAGUAAGUUCUAAGUCACAGUGACUGGACUUUGACGUGUAGUCUUGAAGAUGUUUUGUCACUGAAAACUAAUACUCUUCCCUACGAUACCAUAAAUCCAUUCGGCUUGACUUUACCUACUAGACAGACCCAACUGAUUACGCGCGGAGCAUGUGAAGGACUAUAUUACAGAUGCAGUUUUAUUUUUUUGUAUUAAUUAAAAGAAACAUUAGCGCUUGUUUGUUUGUUUGUUUUUUACUGCAGUAACCGUCUUGCUUGCUUUAGCAAUGAAUCCAAUCUUCUUUGCGUUAUUAAUGGAUAACCUGCAUAAGUGCAGCAUUAGCUGGGCUUUAUGUUUAUUUUUUGUGAUUUUAUUAUGAUUUUUGAUUCAAUUCAUACUCAGCAUGGAGUUAUUUCCAGGAACAAUUAUUACAGCUGAACUGGAAUUGACUCAGCUUUAUAUAUCUUACAUAUUUUCCAUAAGUAUACAUUCAUGGCUAGUGAGACUCAUGUACAAGUAUAGCCGUUAAGAGAUUAGAAUUCUACUCUAAAAGGGCAUAUAGUUUACAGUUCAGUCUUUAGAUCUGGCAGGUCCACAUACCACUUUAGAGCAAAGGUCUGAAACAUACCGGUAUUUUUGAUAGAUGUACAAAAGCUCAUAUCUGUACAGUAUUCUGCUUCUUCGACAGCAUUGUUUUUAGGCCUUAUACACGGACCAAGAUGUGCAGCUAGUCCUGCAUCUUGUUUUAACCGCUUUGUCCUUUCUGGAAUGGCUGAAAGGUGCUACAUAUUUCUUAGUGUUUCUUUCUGACGUAGCCUUGUAGCUGCCGAACCUGCCUGACCGUUUAUUGUGCAAUGUAAUGAAAUUGUGUGGUCUCCAAGUAUUGUGCCAAAGAAACAAAACAGUAUUAACAUUUCUGUCGGUGGGAGUAGCUAGGGCAGCUUAGAGCUCACAUAGCCGCGUGAAUGCUUGUGCUUGACAAUGUGCUUUUUAUGCAGUGUGCUGAGGCCUAGAGUAUGAUAGCAUGAGGCAUGUACAGCAUCAAGCAAUAUAACCAGUGUAGUUUCCUCAAGAGUGUGACAUUCAAAGCACAGACUGGUUUUCAGUGAUUUCAGAACGUUUGCUCAGAAUUUGGUAAACAAAAUAUUGUGUGAACAAAAUGGCAUUUUAAAGUGUCAUUUUUUGGAGUGUAGGGGAGCUAAGAGGAAAGUGAUGUUGAGUUGUAUUUUAGUCGGUCAUGCACAAACAUUAAACCAGUUUUUGACUGCCAAAAGCACAGCGAACAUGGAAUUAAAGGAACACUACUGAUUUUUUUUUUUAUUUGAUUUUUGUCCUCGUUUAAACUUUCUUAAAGAAUGUAAAAAUAUUUUACAUUAUUAAGGAUAUAAUUUUUAUUGUUAUUUUAUUUUUUAUUUUUUUACAUUACAUUUUUUAUUUCAUAUUCAUAGAUGGAUUUUCAUUCUAAUGAUUAAGCAGGACAAAUUUAUACCACAUUUAAAACAUUUCCCCCCCCUUUUCAGAUUUUACUGACAUUAUGAUGUGUUCUCAAGGGAAUCUCAAGAAUUAACUAGGCAUGUGCUGAUGAUCAGUUAAAUUUAAAAUAGAUUGCAAUACUUAACAAUCAGUAUUAUUAUUGUGGACACUGUUUCUGUCCCAUGAGGACUGCUGUCUCCUAAUUUUCCUUAAUUUGAACAGAGUAUAAGGUGAUGUGUGAGAGAAUGUAUUUUUAAAAAGCUUAACGGUGGUAAUAUUGUAAACUGGGAUAACAGUUUAGGCAAUUACCAUGAUAUGAAAAUGUAAUAUCUGUAUAUGUGUACUGAUGCCUGAAAAGUAACCUUUCCUGUAAAAAUAUAUUACCUUCUGUGUGCCACCACAAAUGCUACAACAAAUGCAAAGCAUCUUUAGUGAAAAAGCAACAAGAGUGACAAAACUUCGAAUAGCUGUUCACUGCCGAUCUGUAAACCUAAAUCAUUUCAUGGGUUUAAAUAUAAUGGUGAUUUAAUAUUGUAAGAGACCCCAACACAAGCUUUUGACAUUUUAAUGCUUGUUUAAUCUGUUUAUAGUCGCUGUUACUACUGUGACUCUGUUUAUCAGCAUAUUGUUACUAUAAUGUUUGCACCUAUUAAGUAAAAAAAAGGAUUUUCCUAAAAAAAAUGCCCUUUACAUUGUCUGAAUUUUAUAUUUUAAAUAUACUUGAUGGAAGACAGAGUAAUAAACAUCUAGAUUAAUUUCAUACAGGGUAAUUUGAGUAAUUCCAGCACUAACAAGAAUAUUUAAAAUCAUUUUUCCACACUGAGACAGAAAAAAUAUUAGUAUGUGCCAAAAAAUUAUGAAUUUAAAACUGAGCAAUUGUAUCAGUGACACUAAUACUAACUACUAAAUACUAAUAAUAUUGAUUGAAGCUGCACAGCUAGGGCAUUUGUUUGUUUGUUUGUUUGUUUGUUGUUUGAACAUCACUGCAAUUUUAUUGAUCUUGUGAAGAAGCACAGUUUUAAGUCAUAUCGGUCAAUGGUUUCUUAAGCAAACCCAAGUAAUAGCAGCUAAAGUGGAUUCAGGCUUGGAAACGCAUGACUCUGUAAAUGGUGGUCAUUAGUACGUUGCUUGUGUGAAUGACUUGAUAAACAGUGUUGCAGUUGUGUUCACAUAUGCCUAUGCUACUAAAGUUGCUCAUUCUAGGCAAUUUUGUAAUUUUUAAUGGAUUGCCUAGUGACCACUUUUAGAAAAAUGAACUAGUAUUCUUGUAUUAUCUCUCUUUUUCCCUCACUUUGUCUCACCUUUUGUAUGGAUUAGGUUUUAUCUUUUUUUGUUCAAUUUUUUGAACCUGUAAAGUUGUACUUUAUAUCAUAUAAUGGGAUGAAAGUAUUCCAUAUAGCCCGUGUUACAGAUUUUGUACAAACUGUGUUUAUAUGAAAAUGUAACCAGUUCAUAGGCUUUGAAUGUUGCAAUGAAAAUUUUUAUUUGUAAAUGUUGACUAUUAGACAUUAAUGAAUAAAGGUUGAUUGAUGUACAAAUGGUUAAAAGAAUAAAACCAUAUUAACAUUCCACUAUUAAAAACACUUAUA